AUGUUGACCGGUUCGUGUCUUUGCACUGCGAACAAGUACACAAUCACAAAUGAGGAUGCUACUGCAUUCAGGAAGAUAAUAUGCCACUGUGCUCGCUGCCGCAAGAUCAGUGGUGAACACACUACCACUAACCUUAUCGUGCCGAAGACGAGCUUCAAAUUAACGAGCGUCUCGAAGUGGCACUCUCUGAUUCCGGGUCUAUCAAAGAGCACCAGCAUCUUCAACGCUGUCCUGCCAGGUGAUAAACAUGGGCAUAUCUGUUUCUGCAGCCAUUGUGGGUCGGUGCUCUAUCGCGAAUCUGAAAUGCAAGGAUUGCGCGGCCUGAUGUUUGUGCCAGUGGGCACUCUUGAUGAUAUUGACUCAGUCAGCGACUUAAGAAAGGAAGAGUGGUACUGA